AUGGAGUUCAAUAAUCGAGCAACUGAUAGAAAAGCCUCAAAUCAAUCUCCGGGUUACAAUUAUUUUCCCGAGCAAGACCUUCGAGUUUCAGCUGGCUAUAUGGGUUCAUAUUCAGGGCGGUUCCAUCGUGAGUACCUUCCAGACUAUAGUCACCCUCAACCUCAACCUCAACCUCAUCCUCAUGUUCACCCUCAGUCCCACCAUCAUCCUUUGCUUCAGCCUCAUGACUUGCAUGAAGCAAUUCAGAGAGAGAUUGAAAAACAACGUAUCAGAGAGGAGAUAAUAAUAUCGGAAAUUGAAAGGAGGCGUGUUUUGGAAGCUGAGGUGAGGAGGGAGCUGAUGAUGGAGAGAGAAUUGGCUCUGCGAAGAGGCAAGGAUGGGUUUCCAUUUGGCCCAUCAUUGGGAACUGGGUAUGACUCUACAAUUAGGCUUCCACUUUUGGGGAUGAGAAGUGAGGGAAGGUUCCUAGAGGAGAGGGUUACAAUGCCACACAAUGGGAAGGAGAUGCAGAAUGGAAGGCAUGAGAAUGGAAAGCUUGAUAUCCUACCAUUUCAAAGGUGUGCUACUGAACCGAGAAAUUCGGAAGUUAAGCCUGUCUCAGAGAGGGGGAAAGAGAAAGAGAGAGUAGUUUUGCUGGCCAAACCCCAUGAAUAUAUACCUGGAGAGAAGAGAAAGGCUGCAACGUCCUCUGUCGUGGAUGAUGGUGAGCAUCAGUCAGCUGCUGUCUCAAGGAAGAAAACUAAAGAAGAGUGGAGUUGUGCUCUCUGUCAGGUUAGUGCCACCAGCGAACAAGCCCUAAAGGACCACAUGCAGGGAAAGAAACACAAGUCCAAAGAGGCUGCAUUGAGAGCUCAGAGGGCUGGCAAAAACUAUACAAUUGGUUUUUUUCCAAAGAAACCUGCCUUGUCAGUCACGGUUGUGGGAACUAAAACUCUAUGUUCUGAGGAGGGAGUGAAGUCUGCAACUCAAUCUUUGCACUUCAAUAAGAUGGGAGAGACGAGCUCAAAGAAAAAUAAUAUAUCACUAUUGCAGGAAAACCGAAAACUGGAAAACUUAAAGAAUGACCAAUUGGAAGUUCAAGAAAUGCAAAAGGAUGGAAAUAGUAAGAAAAAAAAAUAUAAAUUUUGGUGUGAGAUGUGCCAGGUAGGAGCCUUCUCUCGUAAGGUCAUGAAUGCUCAUAAGAAUGGGAAGAAACAUGUGAAACGGCUCCAGGAAUAUGAUCAAAAUGGAGCUGCCCCAUCCAGCCUGAAGGAGAAGGCUAUGGUACGAGUGAAUGAUAGGGAAAGGGUUACUGCUGAUGUUAUGAACACAACAGAGGAAAGUAUUGGUGAGGCCGAGGAUGUGGGGAGCUCAGAUGAUCACAAGACCGUUGAUGCUGCCAAUGCAAAAGAUCACAAUGCCAUGGAAAUGGCCAAGCCAGAAGGUAAUGGGACCAUGGUCGCAGCCAAGGCUGAUGAUAAUGAGAACAAUGAUGCUGUCGAGCAAGAAUAUAAUGAGACCUUGAAUGCAUCGAAGCCAGAAUAUACCAAGUACAAUGAUCCAGUUGAGCCAGAAUAUACUGAGGCCAUGAAUGCACCCAUGCUAGAUGGUAACAAGGCCAAUGAUGCAGUCCAGAUGGAAUAUAACGAGGCCAUGGAUGCAACCAAGACAGUUGAUAAUGAGGUCGAUGUUGUAGUCGAGCUGGAAUUCAGUGAAGCUGUUAUUGCAACCAAGCCAGAUGAUAAUGAGGCAAAUGAUGCAGUCGAGCCAGAAUUUAUCCAGGCCAUGGAUGCAGACAAGCCGGAUAUUAAUGAGGCCGAUGGUGAAGUUGAGCCAUAA